AUGGAUUCACUUAACAAAAUAUUAAAGAAUGUCAUCGCUACUACCUUAAUUUCAGAAGGUGACAUUAAGCCAUCAUCUUUUUUCCACAAUAAAAGAUUGAGUAGCAUCUUAUUGGAUUUGAAUAUUGUAAAGCUUAUAAAUAUCCUCCCUUUGAUGUUCAUUUUCCAUACUAUAUUAAAUGUCAGGUUAUUAGUUAAUUCCUCAACGAAUACCAAGCAAGUAGAGAAGAAACGCUUUUCGUUAAUAAAUCAAGAAGAUUAG